AUGCAUCGUCCAAUCAGUCGCUCCUACUCUGACUCAGACGAUGAUCGCCCUUCCUCCUGGGAUUCAGCCACUUCUUUCGGAUCCCAGUAUCAGAACGGCAAAGAGCAUCAGCUGCCAUCCUCGUUGCGCAAGCUUCUCAACCCAGCCCCCCCGUCAUCACCCCCUUCGCCUGUUCAUUCUCCAAGUCCUGAUAUCCCACAAGCACCGCUCGCCAGAAUACGCUUGGCUAAACAAGAAAACCAAGAACAUGGCGACCUGAGUCGGUUAAGACCGUGGAAGCGGCUCCCAUCGCCUUGCUCUUUCGACCCACAACCACCCGUGGCGCUACCACCAAUCUACUUCUGCUUACCCUCGCCGCACACUACUGAUCCUUCAUUAAGAUCUUGUUCGCCAAUCAGCCCUAAAUUUAAUCCCUACUAUCUCCCAGUGCCCCGAUUGCAUCGAGAGCGAGUGGUUGAAGAUACCUGCCAGUUACCCGAUGCACCCGCUCGGCCACGCACGAAUCUACCAUCAUUCGCACCCCCAUGCUCUUUAGCAGAUGCCAAAAACAGAGAUACCAAAGCAAACAACAAAACAAAAGCUAAUUCGCCUUUCCUUGAUCCGACUUUUCAUCGACACGAGUGGCCUUCUGUUUCGAAAAAUUUCAACAACGCCCGGGAAAAGGAACGUAACCGUUGUCUAACAUGCGGUAGUUCAUUCUCAACUUUUGCCAAUCUCACUCGUCACGAGAAGAAGUGCCCCGUCGUUACUGCAGACCAGACUGUUUUCGGCACCACUCAUCAACGAGCCUACACCGCCCCAUUUAAAAUUUCCCUGCUGAUGGGAGUCAAACACGGCUCCGAUGCAAUGGUCCCGUGGCUCAAUCGACUAAUUACAUCUCGUCGACAUCAGCCUGCCAACUUGUCACCUCUUCGAACACCUGUCAAUCAUCGGCGCUUCUGUCGGAACAAUGCCUCAUUUGCACGCGAGCUCGAUGUCCGCCAACAAGACUUUGCGCGGUCAUCAGACCUUUCAAACAAGUGGGAUGUCAUCGUUCUGGGUGGUGGACAUGCUGGUGUUGAGGCUGCUUCGGCUGCCUCUCGGACAAAUUCUCGAACCUUGCUCGUGACUAGUAACUGGAACACAGUAGGAGAAAUGAGCUGUAACCCGAGUUUCGGUGGAAUCGGCAAAGGUACACUAAUUCGUGAAAUCGACGCGCUGGGUGGAGUCUGUGCACAAGCUUGUGAUGACGCCGGCAUUGUCUUCCAGAUGCUUAAUCGCUCCAAGGGACCAGCAGUUUACGGUCCCAGGGCCCAGAUGGAUCGAGGAUUAUACAAAGAAGCUAUUCAACGCCAAAUCAAAUCGCAUUCGAACCUUGAGGUCAAGGAAGGUACUGUGACCGAUCUGUUGCUGGAGGAUAAUCCGACUCAGAGCGGUGGCAUUACUUCCUCGCGUCGAGUAGUUGGUUUGAAACUUGAGACCGGAGAGAUACUGCAUUGUGCAGCAUUGGUGAUUGCAACGGGGACCUUCUUGGGAGGGGAGAUACAUCUCGGUCGGAAGACUUCAUCAUUCGGCAGGAUCGGAGAGUGCUCGUCAACUUCACUAUCAAACUCACUGAAAAAUUCAGGAUUCAAACUGGCUCGAAUGAAAACUGGCACGCCUCCACGAAUCUCCAAAUCGAGCAUAAAUUUUGAUAACUUGAUAGUUCAACUUGGAGACAUGCCACCAAAGCCUUUCUCCUUCAUCAAUCAAACCGUCAAACACGCCGAUCAACAGCUAUGCUGUUGGAAAACUCAUACUACCAAAGCCACCCAUCAAAUUGUCCAACAAAACUUGCAUCUCAGUUCGUACGUCCGAGAAGAGGUUCAGGGCCCGCGUUACUGCCCAUCACUUGAGGCCAAGGUCACGAGGUUCUCGCAUCGAGACUCUCAUAUGAUUUGGCUGGAACCUGAAGGGUUUCAUUCCGACUUGAUUUAUCCAAAUGGCAUUUCGACAACCAUGCCCGAGGACGCCCAGCUCAGAAUGAUGAGGACCAUUCCCGGCCUUGAAGAGGUGGAGAUGGUACAGUCUGGGUAUGGUGUUGAAUACGAUCACGUAGACCCGAGAGAAUUAAAGAAUACAUUGGAGACGAAAGCAAUCCAAGGAUUGUUUUUAGCCGGUCAGAUCAAUGGUACAACAGGAUACGAAGAAGCGGCUGCACAGGGAGUUCUUGCUGGGAUCAAUGCGGGUCUCAAAUGUCACGACGCCUUUCCCCUGAUCCUAACUCGUGCAGAUUCGUUUAUCGGCGUACUCGUUGAUGAUCUUACCACUAAAGGAGUCCAAGAACCUUAUCGGAUGUUUACGAGUCGAAGCGAAUUCAGAGUAGCAUUGAGGGUCGACAAUGCUGAUCUACGUCUGACUGAAAAAGCCCGGCGAUGUGGUGUGAUAGAUGACAGAAGAUGGAAAAUCUUCCAAGACACCAAAUCUAAAAUUGAUACGUUGGUUUCAGCGCUUCAAGAUGUUUCAUUGUCUCAGCAGGCUUGGGCCCGACACGGCAUCAAGGUUCGCGAAGACGCUGUUCAAAAAACGGCCUUCGAUGUCUUGAGGGUACAGGGCGUCAAUAUGGAAUUACUGAAGCCAAUUGUAGCAGAAGUAGAAGCCGUUGAGGAAGACACUUGGAGAAGGGUAGAAGUCGAGGCACUAUACCAACCAAUAAUCAAACGAUACGAGGAAAAUGUCAAACAGUUAAUAGAAGAUGAAAACAUGAUCCUACCGGUGUCGAUAAAUUAUUCCGAAUUAGAAUAUCUCAGUUCGGAAGCCAGACAGAAAUUAAACGAAGCCAGACCUUUGACAAUUGGUGUGGCCCAACGUUUGCAAGGUAUUGAUACUAGUGAAUUAAUCUUGUUGCGCAAGCACCUGAGGAAUUUGGUGUGA